AUGGACGGCAGUGCCCUGCCCCGGCUCGCGGCGGCCCCGUCGCCGGGCGUCCUGGGCCCCUGCGCCGCGCGGCGGAGGCCCGCGUCCCCGGAGCUGCUGCGCUGCAGCCGGCAGCGGCGGCGGCCUGGAGCCGUGGAGGCCCCGGGCGGCGGCGUGGCGGCCGUGGCGCGGCGCAACGAGCGCGAACGCAACCGCGUGAAGCUGGUGAACCUGGGCUUCCAGGCGCUGCGGCAGCACGUGCCGCUCGGCGGCGCCAGCAAGAAGCUGAGCAAGGUGGAGACGCUGCGCUCGGCCGUGGAGUACAUCCGCGCGCUGCAGCGCCUGCUGGCCGAGCACGACGCCGUGCGGACCGCGCGCGCCCCGGCGCCCCGGGGGCCGCCCGCGCCGCCCUCGCCGCCCUCCUGCGCCUCCUCGUCCCCGCGCUCCGCGUGCUCGUCGGACGACAGCGGCUGCGAGCGCGCGCUGAGCCCCGCGGACCGCGAGCUGCUCGACUUCUCCAGCUGGCUGGGGGGCUGCUGA